AUGAACUCAUUGGUCGACUUGCCACUAGAUCUUCUUCACCGAAUAAUAGAAGAGACCAGCCGUUUGGAUAACCACAACAAUACCAAGAACAACCCCACUUACUCUUCACUAGUUUCAUUAUCCCAAACUUGCAGGUUUUUCAAUUGCUUGAUCAAUCAACUGUUGUACCAACAUAUCACGGUAUACGACAAUGACAAUAAAUCGAUAAUCCAGACGACUAACCAAACAUAUAUCCAUAUUGAUCAUCUUUCAAAGUUUAUAGAGGGAUUGACUAUGUCGAACUUCCAGCAUAUUAAAUCUAUUCAUAUUCAUUGCAAAUCAAACUUUAGCUCGUUUAAUUAUGAUUCGUUGUACACAAAAUUGAACCAAUACUGGAGUUAUUUGAAUCAUCCCAUAGAGUUUAUCAAUUUUGACGUAGAGAAUAUUCGCCAAAAACAGUCCUUGGACCAAUUUCUUUCAAAUAACAACUGUACUGAUAUCAUGGAAGAAAAUGAUGAAGUUGGUGGUGUUUAUGAUACCCACUCUUCAGUGAGAAAACUCUGCAAUCUUUCCAACUUGUCCAUUUUGAAAGUGCAGGAGUUAAAUCAAAUACCUUGUCACAAUCCAAACUUGAAAAACCUAAAUCUAUUCAUUGAAGGCAAUUUCAUGGAUGAAUAUAUUAAAGAUCGGAUACUCGAUUUGGAACAAUUGGAAAUUUUGCAACUCAAUACAACAUUGUCAACAAAAAUAUUUGUAAACUCCAAUAUCAAUUGCCCAAACUUAGAAAAGUUGUCAAUUUGCUACUGCCAUUCUUUAAGGGAGUCACCAUUAACAUUUUCACAAUUUGCUGCUAUUGAUUUUGGUAAGCUAAUAGAGUUGGAAUUAAAGUUGAACUGCUUCCAUCGUGACUGUGAUUGUAUCAAUCAAUUCUAUAAUGACUUGACAAAAGCACGAGACACCAACGAAUUCAAUAGUUUGCGAAAGUUGUCUAUUAUCAACUAUAAAUCGAAAAACUCCAGCAAUAAUUUAUAUCAAUAUAACCAUGUGAUUAACUGCCAACUAGAAUCUAUAUUCCACAAAUUCCCCAAAUUGGACUACUUAUAUUUUAAUUUGAAUGAAUUCACCAAGAAUGAUCAAUUCAAGAUCAACUGGAGCAAGUUUGUUGAGUCUAUUCAGAUAUUGAAGGAUUUGAAAACAUUGAUAGUUUACGAUUUUUUCAAUUAUUGGUUGCCAUCGAUGAAAUCAAACCAAACUACAUCGGAAAUUUUAUUAAACAAUUGUAAAUGUGUGGAAUGCAACCAAAGAAGGUGUGCGUUCAAUUCAAUGGCAGAAUACGAUGCAGCAAAUAAUUAUGUUCAUAACUUCAAGAAUUAUAGUGAACCCCAACUGGCUGAAGCUGCUAACGAAUAUCAACCUAUUUUACUAAAUAAGAAGAGUAAUGCCAAACUAUUAUGGUUCAUAUUUAGCCAGCUUCAACUGCAGCAAUUCAAGCAGCUGCCAAUAUAUUCGAUGAAUUUACGUUAUUUUAGAGAAGAUACAGAAUUGUUUUCUCAAUUCCAGGAGUUGUUCAAACAUAAUUGCUUAAACAAAUUGUGCAACGAAAUUAGAGUGGGAAAUACGAACACCCGAACCAUCAAUUUCGGUGGAAUUGUUAAUUAA